CGUCGCUGGUGCUGUUCGGUCGUUUCUGGCGUUGAGACAAUGCCAUCCUUCAGCUCGACUAAUUCUGAUCCAUCGACUGAAAACGUACGGAAAAAGAAGAGGAACAAGUGCCGGUACUGCUGCGUAAAAAACUGCCACAGCCACGAAGGCCAGCCUGGCGUGAAAUUGUACCGAUUUCCAGGCCGUCCGUGGGAGCAAGAACGACGCAAAAGAUGGAUUGUUGCAGUUCGAAGAGUAAACGAGAACGACGGCUCGCCGUGGAUGCCGACUCAGGCGAGCAGGAUCUGCUCCAAACACUUCGUGAACGGCGCAAAAAGCACGAUAGCGACACACCCUGGCUAUCACCCAACUAUCUUCCCGGAUGUUUACAAAGUUCGUCCUAUAAAAUCAACCGACCAGCUGUCGAGGUAUGGAAGGUGGAAGAAAAGAGACGAGGUAAAGUCAGUGGCAACCGGAGAAGGUUGUUGCACCAUUGCCAGUACGGAUACCACAUGGGGCAGCCAAGACACAGAUGCAGACACUGCAGGUCACAAUUACUCUUUGCGUCCACCUGGCUUGGAGCUGCUCUGCGCUGCUGCUGCAUCACUACAGGUGGCACAAGAAGAUAAGGCAAGUCUCACAGGAAGCAAUAUGUAGUGACAUAAAAUUGAUACAUUGUAAUCUAAGUAUUAAGCUUAUGCGCGAGUUGUCAAGGGCACUUUUAUUCGCUUGGAGUGCCUCAAUGCACUUACUUCUGCGUGGGUAUGGCUCACAGUGGAGCAAAAGCUUGUGAAAUAAUUUUAUGUCUUUCAGGCCCAGUGAGAAUAUCAUUUAUAUAGCUGGGUUACAUUUAAUGUGUGCAUCAUUUUCUAAGCUAACAUUUAAAUACCAUAUUGCUUUUCUUGAAGACAUGUAAUAAUUCUUCUAAAACUCCCAACGUACGCAUAUUCUCCUAAAGUUGCACCCGUGUGUAGUUUCUUACCUGAUUUUUCAUUGAGUGUAUGUC